CUUCACACAAAACAUAUUUAAGGUGAAUAAGUAAAACAAUCUACUCAAUUCCAGUAACAUGAGAAAAUCUAAUUCCUUACUGUCCACCACUGAUAAUAACUGAUUUACUGUCAUGACUGUAAUUUGAAAUCAGAAGAAUCUAAUGUUUUAUUCUCUAAUGUUUCUUCUAUUUAUUCUUCAUAUGUGAUCUUCAUCCUAUAACACAGAUGAUGAUGAGUGUAAGUAUGAAGUCCCAAUAUGUGGUGCAAAUGCAACUUGCUACAACACAAAAGGUAGCUACUACUGUCAGUGUGUAACGGGGUACCAGACAAAAUCACGGAAUGUUAAUUUUACUCAGGAGAAUGGUGAACAAUGCAAAGGUCAGUAUGUCUGUAAUAUUCUCUGAUAUUGAUUCCUGUAUUAAUGCUACAUUAAGGAUAAACCUGAACCUCUGCUUUUGUUGUUCUGUCUCAGACAUUAAUGAGUGUGAGACAAACAAAGUCAUCUGUGGCUCUAAUGCUAGAUGCCAUAACACCCCUGGUUCCUAUUACUGCACGUGUGUUUCUGGUUUUGUGGCGAGCAACGGACAGGAGCAGUUUAUUGCAAGUCAAAGUGUUUCAUGCAACGAUGAGAAUGAGUGUGAGUCUGACACAGGAUUGGCAUCAAUAUGUGGUGUAAAUGCAACUUGCUACAACACAAAUGGUAGCUACUACUGUCAGUGUGUAACGGGGUACCAGACAAGAUCUGUUAAUUUCAAUCAGGAUAAUAGUAAACUAUGCAAAGGUCAGUAUGUCUGUGAUAUUCUCUGAUGUUUAUUUCUGUAUUAAUGCUACAUUAAGGAUAAACCUGAACCUCUGCUUUUGUUGUUCUGUCUCAGAUAUUAAUGAGUGUACUACAAACAAAGUCAUCUGUGGCUCUAAUGCUACAUGCCAUAACGCCCCUGGUUCCUAUUACUGCACGUGUGUUUCUGGUUUUGUGGCCAGCAACGGACAGAAGCAGUUUAUUGCAAGUCAAAGUGUUUCAUGCAACGAUGAGAAUGAGUGUGAGUCUGACACAGGAUUGGCAUCAAUAUGUGGUGUAAAUGCAACUUGCUACAACACAAAUGGUAGCUACUACUGUCAGUGUGUAACGGGGUACCAGACAAGAUCUGUUAAUUUCAAUCAGGAUAAUGGUGAACAAUGCAAAGCUCAAUAUUAAUGAGUGUACUACAGACAAAGUCAUCUGUGGCUCUGAUGCUACAUGCCAUAACGCCCCUGGUUCCUAUUACUGCACGUGUGUUUCUGGUUUUGUGGCGAGCAACGGACAGCAGCAGUUUACUGAAACUCAAGGUGUUUCAUGCAACGACAUCAACGAGUGUGAGAAAAACAAUUGUAGUGAUAAUUCUCAGUGCAAAAACACUCUUGGCUCAUAUUACUGCACAUGUAAGCCAGGUUUUGUGAGCAGCAAUGGACAGGAAAAAUUUAAAGCAAUCCAAGGGGUUACCUGCAAUGGUAAUGUGUUCUUUGGUCAUCGUUCUACUUAAAUCUACUUGAAGUAUUGCAUCUUUCACAUAAGCUAAAUAAUAUUUUUCAAUGUCCAUGUUUCCUUGCGCAUGUAGUUUGGAGCAUUUUAGGCCAAAAGUGCAGAAUUCAAGUUAUUAUCUGUAUGAUCAGUUUCCGUUAUAGCCCUCAUGAUUUAAUGUGGCUUGAAAAUCACUUAAAGAAUAUUAAUUUGAUUAAUUGAGGAAAUUGUAAGAGUUGUGUAAAUUACUUUGCACAAAAAUAAAACCUAGUGAAUGG